AGGGCCCCUAUUGUGCUGAUUCCGCAGCCACCGCUGCUAGGCUCUUGAGCACCCUGGCUACGAAACGUCAACUACUAGGUCAUUCGUUUUCGCCCCACGCCCACCCCCAUUCGCUCUAGCGUGAUACUCACCUCCCAAAAUAUUCAUUUCGCGGCGCAUAGAUAAGUAAAAGUAGCUGAUCAUGUUUUUGUGUCCAUGUUCUUCUAGAGUUGUUCGAAAAUCGCCCUACGCUUACGUUAUUUCAUUUGAUCGAAACGCAGGAGUAUCGCCAGUCUUUACAACCACAAUACCCCAACCCAUAUGACGCACCCACGACAAGUUUUGUAGCGACAGUAGAUAGAACAAGCGGCCCGCCCCCGCGCACCAUGCCGAAGCACAAACAGGGCGUCACCGCGAAAAAUAUCGCGUCAAACCAGACUGGUUAUUACGGUCAAAACAACCGCUACAGUGCGAGUGGCAACAAAAAUCACUACAAUGCUAGUGGUUACAACACCGGCGCGACAGGAACGUCAUCCUCCUCCACCAGCGCCGCCACGGAGCGCGGGCGGUUCGUGCAGAGCCGGUUUCGGUGCGCGGUCUCGGAGGAGACCUGUAGCUACGAGGAUGUGGCUACCUGUUUACUGGACGUUGACUUUUUGAUCGAUUGGCAGCACGUGCGCAGAGUGGACGUUUUAGUCGACGCGAGUAAGCCCCUGGUUUGCAGCAUCUGCUUGGAGUCCUCCUUUCAGGUCCCCCGGAUUACCAGAUGCGGCCACUGCUUCUGCUACCCGUGCGCAACCAGGUAUUUGCUCCGCGACGAGAAAACCGGGAAUUUGCAGGCAAACCUCGCGAGUGCUGCGAUGAGUGGAAUGUACCAUAGUACAAAUCUGAAUCAUGAGCCGGGACGAGGUGGUCAUCAGCUGAAUAACGCGCGAAACAGCAACUAUGCAGGAUCCACCUCUAGUUCCAGCACGACAAAUCUUUUGACGAAUGACCUUCACAGACUGUACAAUCAGCACGGCGUUGCCAACCCGGCUACAAGGAAAACCGAACUUGGCCGGAAGUGCCCCGUGUGUAAAGAGAUGUGCUACUUGGGGGAUUUGCGGCCGGUGCGGUUUCAGUACUGCAACAUGCAGGCGAACAAGAUGAAAAAGUUCGUUCGUGUCUGCAAAGACAAGGAGCGGCCGGGGAUUACCUCUUUCGCGCCCAUAAAGGAGGUGGAAGAGUAUAGGGCAAUGAUUUAUGAUUGCAAGAACACAGCAGGAGUCACUACUACUACACCUUGCGUCGAGGAAAUAAACAGCCGUCAUUCUAUCGCGGAGAAUUUCAACCACGAGAAGCUUCGGCAGCUGCCCACCGGCCUCCCAAGGGAGCAAGUAGACCCGGGAUGGUAUUUCUCGCGGCUGAUUGUCACACCGGAGCAGAACCUGGAGCAAGAGCGGAAAAACGAUCUGCUUGGGUUGCUGAAGUUGUCCGACAACUGUCGAAAACUUCGACCGGACAACAACGACACCUUCGCCGAUACGGAAAUGCUGCCGUUUUUAGACUUCUUGAUCAACCAGGAAUUGCUGCACUUUCAGAAGUUUGGCAUCACGACAGUGGAGGAAUUUCUGAACGCCAAUACCCUUCCCCGGAGACCCGGGAAGAGGAAUCUACAGCAAUUGUAUGAGGACAUAGUUUACGAUCGGAAGCUGCACGAGGUGAGAAUUGACAUGGACGCGGAUAUCAUGCAGUUUACGCAACGUAAAAAUGAAACAAGUUGCAAGGAUAAAGACGACGACCAAUUAUCAGUGGAAGAGCAGGCGGUAAUAGUCACAGCGGACGAUGUUUUGGUCGAAGAAUCUGUAGAAGAAGAGGAACACGAGGAACCAGCAGCGAGUAGAACUAAAAACGCAAAAUCACCCGCAAGGCAAAUACCCGUUGUCCUCUCAGAUCGAUCUGAUCCGCUCGCCCUCGCACUUCCGAGCAAAAUGGAACUUAGUUGUAAAACGCACCACGAAGACGUAGUGGAUCCGAAUCCAAAUGCCAAAAAUCUCGAGGAUAACGACGACGACCAGUGGUUUACCGAGCGUAGCAACAUCCCCUCCAGCAGUUCCAGUGCCAGUGCUGUUUCCCCCGCCUCGCCAGGAGGGACAAGACCAGCUGCUCGCGUGAAUGAGCUUUUUCAACAGAACAAGCAAGAGAAAAAAUCUAGUACUGCUCCUGGAGCACCGGGGACAGCAGGUGGAGGAGCACAACUACUAGCAAAACAAAAACCGAAUCAUGUCAACAACGACGAUGCCUACUACUUUUAUCAGGCGUGGGAUUCGCAGCCGGUGUUCGUCGCGCCGUUUUUCCUGAACAUCCUACGGCACGACAAAAAACUUCCGUAUGUUCUGGACGUUUCCAAGAUCUCCCACGACAUCGACUUCGAGAAUAGCCAGCAUAGCGUGAACCACCGGCUUUUUGAGCAACACUCCGACUGCGUGACGGCCGAUACGAGGGUGACGGUGUCGCUUUUCAAACGACUACCGUUGAAGCUCGAGCUCUCCUUGACUGAGUUUGACGUGCAGCCCUUCGUCUCGGAAGCCACCUACCAGCACUUCAGCGGCGAACUGGCGAGACGGCAACACGAGAAGCAGCGAAACAAGAAGCGGCAGAAGGCGGACGAGAAGUGGGUGCGGGAAAAGGCGAAAAACGCGGACGAGAAGCUGAUGGAAGAGCUGAAGAAGCGGUCCUGGAUGGUUUCCCCGCACGCGAACUUUUCGAAUGCCGUGCCGACCGCAAGCGACUUCGAUCUGUCGUUGGAGGUGAGUAAAAAGGUCGCGGAGUUUGAGGCCAGGACGAAAAGGAAGAUCGACGACGAGGAGUUGGCAAAAAUCAUCUCCGCGCACGAGCUGGAAAUGGAAGAGAAGGCGAAAAUCGAGGCGCAGCAACGGGAAAUAAAACGGCAACGGGAGGAGGAGGAGAGAAUGAGGAAGGCCAAGGAGAAAGCGAUGAAAGUGAGAGACGCUUGGGGCAGUUCGGACGAAGAGGAUAUUGCCGAUAGUACAGGUGCUCAUCAGAAAUCAGUUUUGGAAAAGAUGCUGUUCGCAAAUAGUUCCAGCGCCGGAGUAGACAAAGGUCGUUUGAAGUGGGAGAAAGAUUUGAACACAGAGGGGGCGACAACGAUGGCGCAGAAGAUUCGGGAAAAGAAGAUAGCGGAGAACAAGAAAAAGAAAGAAGAAGAGGCGAAUCAGAAGUACUUCCCGAGUCUAGCCGAGUCGCUGGGAGGGAACAAGGGGAUGGUAAGCCUAGGCGGGAAUAAAACGGGAAAUAAAAGUAACACAAAAGUGACGCGAUCAGCCGUUUUUGGAGGAAACAAGGAACCGCAACCAGCCGCACCUUCAACCUCUAGCACAGGAACAAACCCUUCAUCCGUUUCGAGCCCGCCAGCAGGAGCUCCUCCUGGCGCGGCAAUAAAUACUAGCGGGUUAUUUGGCGCUGGCGCAGCUUCCUCACCUGCGAGCAAUGCCGCGUCUUUGUCCGCGCCCUUUUCCCCGGAAAUGAAGUCCAGUAGCAGUGGUGCAACUUCUGACGGCUUUGGAGGUCCGUCGUCCCCGACGAUGCCCGCUAGUUGCACGGGAACCUCCCCACACCUCGCGGCUACAGCCGCACCGAGUGAAAGUGAGGAGCACUCGGCGACGGGGGCAGCUGGCGCGACAAGUGCAGGAGCGGGUCCUCCAGGUGCUGGGAAUAUCAAGAGUGGCAAGAAAAAGAAACCUCAGAAAAUCCGGCUGUUCGGAUAGGUUGACUCUUACCUCUGUGCGACAAAGGACAUAAAGCUCGUUCACUCUUCAUCAACAUGAUUUCAAGCCACAGGUAGUAUAUGAAGGUAAAAAUCCUGAACGUAAGUACACAUCAUAAGAAUCAUGAACGCGACGCUGCCGGCGUGCUAGAAGCGACUUAUCUUUUCCAAGAACGUUGUGCUGAAAUGAAAACCAAAUAGCAAAAACAGAACUCAU